AUGAAUUUAUCAUUACAGGAUCCCUUUUCAGUAGCUAAAGAGUUUCCCGAGAACUUGACAACAAACCUAAAUUACGGGCACUCGGUUGCUAUUCAGUUCAAUUACAAUGGCGAUUACCUUGCAUCAGGUCUUUCCGAUGGAUCGAUAGUCAUAUACGAAAUGGUGUCGAGUGGCAUAAUAGCGCAUAUCACUGAGGAUUGUCACGUACGACCGAUAACUUCAAUUACGUGGUCGAGGUGUGGUAGGUACUUGUUGACCUCGUCACAAGAUUGGUAUUGUAAAUUAUGGGAUUUAAGUUUGAUCAAUAGUGACGUUUCCCCUGUUAUACGACAAGUGAAGUUUGAUGGACCAAUAUGGCUGUCUAAUAUCCAUCCGCAAAACCAUUUCCAGUUUGUUGCAUCGCUAUUUGAUGAUUCUCCGGUUUUUGUUGAUUUGGAGAAGGAAUCAUCACCGUUUGUGCAGAAACUAAGAACCGACCCAUUGGAGAACGAAGAGCAAGGGGCUAAUGGUGAAGAGCCGCAAAAGAAGAGAAAGAAACCCAACGACAAGCAUUACACAUUGGUUACUACAUUUACCCCUGAAGCACAGUACAUUUUCACUGGUACUAGUAAAGGGUGGUUAAACAUUUUCAGAACAAAAGAUUUGAAAUUGAUUCGCUCAAGCAAAAUUGCCAAUUCAAACAUCAAAAACAUUGCAGUAGCACCCAAUGGCAGGAAGUUGGCGUUAAACUUUUCUGAUCGCAUAAUCAGACAGAUUAAUCUUCCUGAUAUGAUCAAUGACGAUGAUUCAACAGAGUGGGAUUUUGAAGUUGACCACAAGUAUCAGGACGUGGUUAAUCGACUACAAUGGAAUGCGAUUUCGUUCAAUCAUAAUGGCGAUUUCCUAAUUGCUUCAACUCACGGCCAAUCGUCGCAUGAUUUGUACCUUUGGGAAACAUCGAUGGGGUCAUUGAUUAAAAUCCUUGAAGGAUCUAAUGAGGAAUUGAUUGAUGUUAAAUGGAAUUAUAAUAGAUGUAAAAUUGGAUCCAUAGGUCUUGACAGUGGAGUAAUAUACAUUUGGCUGGUUCAAUUCCCCCAAAAAUGGAGUGCCUUAGCACCAGACUUUGUUGAAGUAGAGGAGAAUAUCGAUUAUAUCGAAAAGGAAGAUGAAUUUGAUAUACAAGAUGAAACAGAGUUGAAUAAAAAGAGGUUGGAGGAGGAAGUGAUGGAUAUUGAUGUGAUUACAAAGGAGACCACCGAUGCUAGAGGGUUUGAUAUUUCACAAGAGUCGUUUGUAAUCCCAAUAGACUAUGAAAAGGAAUUGUAUAGAUAG